AAGAAAGGACAUGAGAGCUCGUAUUUGAUUGGCUUGUAUCAUGCGUGUUGAUUUCGAUUUUUUCUAGACAUGUAAUGGUAAUAACAAAUACUUUACGUUUGUAAUGCCAUUCAUUUUAGAGGUUCCAUAGUGAUGUGUUACAUGUAGUGUCGAGAACGUUUACUCUUAGUUGUUCGGUGAACAAAACAAGCUGACCUCUAAUCGUACCUAACUUGUCAUCGCACAAUGUUUGUGAAGAUAACUUCGAAUGCUAAGUUAGGUAGCUGCUAUUUAGCUAACUGAAAAUUACCGUUAAAUUAGUGCUCCAACCAAUGACUCAACAUACAGUCAUUGGGUCCAACUUAAAGACUCUGAGGGAGGGGAAGAUUGCACCAUGAUUAACAACACAGAAAUUGUUGUCAAACGUGGAUCCGUAAGAAAAAGGUCGAGGGAUGGUUCGAGGACUAGUCUAACUCCUGCAAGGAAAAAAACGACCACUGAUGGACAGAGUCAGCUCACUGCUACCAAGAUAGAACACUAUCUCGAAGUAACACCUGAAGGGAAUGCACCAGAGUAUUGCAGUGACAAUGAGGAUCUGUUUAGCGGAUACGACAGCAUCCUUGGAGACUCUUCUUUCAUGGCCAAGCUAGAUGAUGCAGAACAACACGUGACCCAGCAUAAGGAAGUCUGUGCAAGACAAAGUAAUGAAAACCCUGAUGCUAAUUACACACAUUUAAAAACUGCAGCCGAUACAAAUGGCGAGGGCUUCACAGACUCCCUCCUAGCGAUCUGUUUAAAGGAUGACUCAUUUCAAGAUAUUCCUGGCUCACAGGUAGAAUUCCAGGAAAAGGUGCAUGAGCCGUCAGAUGGUGGCCACACCUCCACACCCCUUGGGAAAAACCUAAGGGAAGACCAUAACCCUGAUGCCAUGAACAAAACAGAGGAUGCACAACGCGGUCCCAAGGCCAGGAGGAGUAUGGCAAACGCUAUGAAAAGAGCCAUGCUUGGAAAUGCCGCCACAGUUUCCUCCAGUGUUGCAAAAAUAGCUCAGCAGCAGAAGAAACUUCUAGUGACUGAAGAGAUAAACGUUGCCAUGCAGACCAUGCAGUCCAUUUCCAUGGAAACGGACCUCGGACCAUUCUUUGGCCUUCCCUCAAAAGUGAAAGACCUCAUCAACAGACUGAAGGGCAUUGAGGAUUUAUAUGAUUGGCAGAAGACGUGUUUGACAUUGGAAAGUGUUCAACAGAGGAGGAACCUGAUUUACUCCCUACCCACCAGUGGUGGGAAAACACUAGUGGCUGAAAUCCUCAUUCUUAAGGAGAUCCUGUGUAGGAAAAACAACGCCCUACUCAUUCUGCCAUACGUAUCGUUGGUGCAGGAGAAAGUGCGAGGGCUAGCUAGCUUUGGUGUAGAGUUGGACUUCCUGGUAGAGGAAUAUGCUGGAAGCAAGGGCAAGUUCCCGCCUAUCAAGAGAAGACAGAAAAAUUCUCUGUACAUCACAACUAUUGAGAAAGGCCACAGCCUGGUCAACUCCUUGAUUGAUACCAGUCGGCUGGAUAAUAUUGGUCUGGUGGUGGUGGAUGAGCUUCACAUGCUUGGGGAUGGAAGUAGAGGAGCAGUUCUGGAGAUGACUUUGGCCAAAGUUUUACACGUGAGCAAAUCAACGCAAAUCAUUGGAAUGAGUGCCACACUUGGGAAUGUUGGUGACCUACAGAAGUUCUUAAAGGCAGAAAACUACAGUAAUGAUUUUAGGCCGGUCCAGUUAAAAGAAUAUGUGAAGUUGAAGGACUCUAUAUAUGAGGUUGAUCCCAAAGAAGAGCAAUGUCUUAAGUUUUCACGCCUCUUGAAUUAUAAGUAUUCCAAUAGCUUGAAGAAAAUGGACCCGGACCAUAUUGUUGCCUUGGUUACGGAGGUGAUUCCAUCGCAGUCCUGUUUGGUUUUCUGUCCAACUAAGAAGAACUGUGAGAACGUGGCUGGAAUGAUCUGCAAGUACUUGGCACGAGAUUUCUUGCAGCACAAGGAGGCAGAGAAGGCCACUCUGCUGAAGGAGCUGAAGGACUGUGGGAACGGGGUACUGUGUCCCGUGCUGCAGAAGACGGUGCCAUACGGCCUGGCCUACCACCACAGCGGCCUGACCAGUGACGAGCGCAGGCUGGUGGAGGAGGCCUACUCGGCCGGGACGCUCUGCCUACUCACCUGCACCUCCACACUGGCCGCCGGCGUCAACCUCCCAGCCCGCAGGGUGAUCCUGCGGUCGCCCUACAUAGCCAUGGACUUUCUGAGGAGGAGUCAGUACAAACAGAUGGUGGGCCGAGCAGGGCGAGCUGGCAUCGACUCCAUGGGAGAGAGCAUCCUGGUCCUGCAGGAGAAGGACAAGAUCAUGGCUGAAAAACUGCUGUCUGCUCCAAUGGAAAAAUGCUACAGCAACCUCCUUUAUGAUGGUGGCAAAGGACUCCUGAGUCUUAUUUUGUCCCUCAUUGGACUGAAUGUAGCACAGACUCUGGAUCAGAUCAGGAAUUUCCUAUCUGGGACGCUGCUAGGCGUGCAGCAGGCUCAUGUCUGUCCUGAGCGCAGCUUAUCAGAGAUGGCGGCCCAAUCAGUGGAAGCUCUCAUGGAGAAGGCCCUCAUCACUUUCUCUCCGGACCACCCUGACGGCUCUGUUCUACUCAUUACCAAAUUGGGACGGGCAAGCUUUAAAGGCUCAGUGGAUCUGACCUACAGCGAUGUCUUGUACAGAGACCUGUCAAAGGGCCUGGAAGGGCUACUGCUCAACAGCUUCCUGCACUUAGUCUAUUUGGUGACCCCGUACGACAUGGUCUCCCAGUGCAAGCCUGACUGGAUGAUCUACUUUCGACAAUUCACGCUGUUGACUCCGUCGGAGCAAAAGAUCUGUGCCGCGGUAGGAGUGCCGGAGAGCUUUGUGGCGAGGAAGGCGGCAGGCCAGAGCGUAAAGAAGUCUCAGUCUGUAGACACAGAGGUGGCCAGUCGUCUGUAUCUGGCCCUGGUGCUGCAUGCUCUGCUGAAGGAGACCGACCUGUGGAGUGUGUCGGAGCGCUUCCAACUAACCCGCGGCUUUGUGCAGACUCUCCUUAGCUCCUCCUCAGCCUUCUGCUCCUGUGUGCUCCACUUCGCUGAGGAGCUGGAGGAGUUCUGGCCCUUUAAGGCUCUCCUGGUUGAGCUGACCCGUAGACUCACCUACUGUGUGCAGACUGAACUCAUCCCUCUGAUGGAAGUGGUGGGAGUCAUGGAGGCUCGGGCCAAGCAGCUGUACAACGCCGGUUACAAGACACUGGCUCACCUCGCCAAUGCAGACCCCAACGAUCUGGUCAAGUCGGUGGAGAACUUGUCCAAACGGCAGGCCAAUCAAAUAGUGGCCUCAGCGAAAAUGCUGAUCCAGGAAAAGGCAGAGGCCUUGCAAGAGGAGGUGGAUGAUUUAUUGACAAAACCCAUUGAUCUUCCCUCAGUAGGGAGUUAGAUUAAUAUAUAUAUAUAUAUAUA